AUGGAGUCUCCGCCCAAUAGCUCCGCCCCCAACAGCGUUUCUGCCUCCGCUUGUCUCACUUUGUCAGUAACGACGGUUCUCACUCCCACAUCCAACACACCGAAUCAGUGUGUAACUACUUGCGGCUCCACUAGACAACUUACCUUGGUCACACCUUCACAAGACUAUUCAGGAGAAAAAGACAGCUUAUCAGGAUGUCCUCAUGCUGACCGGUGUAAUUUGCAAGCUCAGCAUCAAGACCUGAAGUGUCCAACUCCUGGAUGUGAUGGUUCAGGCCAUAUUACCGGUAACUACUCUUCCCACCGGAGUCGUUCUGGAUGCCCUAGGGCCAACAAAUCCAAGAAGUUCCUCCCCAUCGACAAGAUGGAGGCAGAACCGUUGCGAUCAUCCUCUUCUAAUGAUGGGAGUCCAAUUGGUAAUGGAAAUAUCCUGAGCUUUCCUGUGGGCUCAAAGGCUGCCAAAAUUUUUCGACCAGUGAAGAAACGCCGCCCAUCAAGUGAAGAUACUGAAAAGAAUGGAGACCCGGACAAUGACGAGGAGAUCCGUGUGCUGGAAGAGGAGAUUUUGGAACUGCAAGAGUACAAUGCCAAAGUAGAAUCAGAAAUGAUCAAGUUAAGAACUGACAUCUCCCAGAUGGAACAGCACAUACGCAUGACCGAAAGGGACAAUCAAUCGCUUGCUCAGAAGAAUCAGAACCUCACAGAUUAUUAUGAGACUUUGAGGAACAAUUUCAUCUCCUUGCUGGACCACGUCAGGCUUCCGAAUUUCGACGAGAGGCCCACGAGGGAUAAUUUCGAUGCCUACUUGAACAGAUUGCAGUCACUCUGUGCAGAGAAUUGCCGGGAGGAGAACAGAACCAUUCUUUCCUCUGUAAAACAAGCCCUGCGAGACUUCAGCUUCCCCUCGAAUGCUUCAAACAACUGGCUGAAAUCCUGAGAAGUUAUAAGCAAAAGAAAGAAAGCCUAUUGUGAUAUUAAUAAUAUUCAUAAAUUAUUUGUUUUGAUGGUAAACCAUUAUGUUAAAGCAUAAGCAUUGUCUGUAUAAAAAUUUAACAUGACUCAUUUUUGUGGUGCCAAAUUUUUUAUUAUUUAUUGACUCAAGAAACAGGCCUGCAUGUUUUUGUCAUUUUUGAUUGUCAUUUGAUCAAAGAAAGUGAUAUUUUGUUUGAUAGAAUGUAUUUGCUGCAAAAAGUCUGAACCUUAUUUUGUCUAUUUAAGUAACAGAAGAAAAAAAAGUUUCGAAAAUUAAGUAAAAAUUCAAGGACAUUUCAUAUGCCAACGUUUUUUUAUUAGAGUGAUUGAUUUAGGGAAUGUAUUUCAUAUUUGCUCUUGCCAUCUUUAUUGUAGUUAUAAGGUUCAGGAUAGUAAUUGAUUCAUCUGAAUCAUUCUUCGGUUAAAGUCUGAAAAUCAGACGGUUGAGAAAAAGAUGAAUGGCAAAAUAUAUCAGACAGUUAACUACUAUUUUUAACCUACUUUUCCCCAUUAAAGAAAAAUAAUUAUAAUGCUUCUAUUGUUUAACUUGCGAAAAUUAUGAAAAAUAAAAUCAUGAGAAUGAGCUGAAUGUACUGUAAAAAUGCUGUUAAAACAAAAAAUAAUUUAAAUAUAAAUGAACUAAAUCAUUAAAUUUUAAAGGAUUAAAUAUUACAAAACAACGCUUAUCAGAUAGAAAAAAUGUAUCUUUGUUAGUUUAACCCUCCUCAGUUAUAAAAUCUAAAGAUCAUUAUACAAUUUGAGAAAAUUUUUGUUUGAUAGAUUUCUUUGUCAAAACAUCCCAGUUUUUAUUUUAGUAUUUCAACAAAUUUUAAAAAAAAACUUUAGCUGCUGCAUGGAAAAUACAGCCAUUUGUCUUAUUUUAUUGGGUGGGCCAUCGCACCCGAUAAAACACGCAGAAUUGGGAUAGUGAAAUUUUAUCAGAAAGUACUAUUGAUGUAAUAUAAAUGCAUAAGAAAGUUUUUUAUUUUAUCAUUUCAGUAAUUAAAUUGAAAAUAAUAUUUGUGCCGGCUGUACUUGAACAGAAACAGCUAGAACUAGUAAAGAACAGUGCACUUUAUGUUACAGUUGCUUACACCUUGUAAGGUUGGCAGAAUUGCCAACCUUACAAAGUAAAGUAAUCAUGAAACUUUUUUUGCGACAAAAGAUUUUUGGUUGCAUUUUUAAUAAUUGAUAUUUAUUUAUUUUUAGAGGGGGAAAAAAAUCAACCCUUUAGUUCUCAACUCAAGAGUGUUGCUAAUUGAAAUAGAACCAAAAUACUAAAUAAGAAUUCUAUCAUUUAACAAACAAUGGCUACUUGUAGAUUAUUUACUUAGAUAAACCAUGGGGGAAAAAAAACCUCUUUCAAUGAAGUUAUACCUAAUAGGAGAAGACAGAUAUGUUCACUAAUCAAAAACCUACUGCAUUAAUUAUUUUUGCUGCAUCACUAGACACAAAUUAAGUAAUAAAAAUAAUUUUUAUCUCUUUAAAACAUUAUGCUCUACUAAUAUUAUAGUUCUCCUACUAGAAAAAUAACAGUGAGUUGUAGUCAGGCACAGGAUUGUUUAAAAAAAAAAAUCAUCACCCAAAAUGUUAGUGAUAUAAUUGUUGUUCAUUUAUAAGACAUAGGAGCUGAUUUUUCUGUUUUCAAAAAUGUAGAUUCAAGCUUCUAUUCCUGAACUGUUGACACCACUUCCAUGUUAUUCUUAUCUCUAGACUAAUGAUGAUAAAUGUGAUUAUAUUACAAAAGAAGUUAUCUCCUGUAAAAUCUAAUUUAAAAGGUUUUACUUGUAAAAGUUUUGUUUAAUUCCAUUUCGUACAUUGUGGUUAUGUGCAAAUUGUAACAAUCGUUUCUGUUUUAGAUUGUACUUUUUAUUUGAAAAAAAAAGAGAUUUGUUAAAAUUAAAUAAACUACUCAUAUAUAUAAUUUAUUAUUAAUCAAUUUAUUGGAAAUUGUUUUUUAGGUCUUUAAUUUUCCGGUUUUAACUCUUAAAGGGCUCCUAAAAGUGUUCUAAUUGUUAUAUCCGAGUAUGCUUGCAAUCUCUAAUUUUUAUUUUAUGAAAAUGGAUUAUAGUCCAUGCUUGAAUCGUACCCUGAUAAAGUUUUUAUUGAUGUUACUAAUAUGUGUGGCAAAAUAUACCGAAUUUGAUAGCAGAAUGUAAAUAUUUAAAUUUGUGUGAUAAGAAAAAAGUUUUACUUGAAAAAAUGCCCAAAUUUUCUGCUGCACCAUGUUUGUGAAGACAAAAUAAGUUUCAGACUAUUUUUCAUUUGUCCGCAAAAGUGUCGUAAUUCAAUUUGACAUCAAAUGAAUAGCUCACUAAUGUGCAUUUAAAACUAACUAGAUCAUUUUAACUAUUUUUGUUUAUGUGACUUUUUGUACCCUGAUAUCAUUCACUAUAUAGAAACAUCAGACUAUUAAAAAAGGACCAGAAGGUUUCCAAUUGAUUCAUCACAAUUCCUAGUGCACUUUUACAUGUGAAAAUGAUGUACAAGAUGCCUUCCAUGUUGAGGAAGUACUGUCUUUUUCUUUUCUAGUUCUUCUGAAACUUCAACUGUUUGUGCUAGCACUUGUGUGUAUGUGUGUGUGUGUAUGAUGUAAAUACAUGUAAAAUAUUCCUUAAAAAAUAUUAGUACAAUCACUGCUUCACUGGUGUACAUAAUUGUGUUUGCCAAAAAAACAUGUUUAUGUUUUCUAUCUCCUUGUGCUGUUAACAAACAGCCUAGUGUAAAUAGUUCAAUUUUUAUAAAAGUUUUCUUAUUUGUGCAAUCAUCCAACAAAGAGGUACUUCAAACAUUUGUUCUUCGAAAUGUGUCUUAUUGUAACUAUAUGUUGUUCCUUAAAGACUUUGAUCAAU